GUUGUUCAAGAAGAAGACCACCACAAUUUGGUUGCGGGAAAUAUUUUUUAUUUUCUAAAUUAAUGAAAGACCGUUUAACUUCACGACCACCUUAAAUUAUUCGGAGGUACCGAAAAGCAAAAGCGGCGUUUCUCCUAAAGCAGAAUGCAUCCGUCUGGAGAACUCACCUCAGCGGAUUUGUUAUGGACUGCGCUACUGCAUUAUUCGGCUGCUUUACAAACUAGCACGUAAACUUGGAAAAUAGCUCAAUAGCUAGCUAGCCAAACUACGUAUGUCGAUUGUCAUUAAAUCCUUCUAACGCGACAUUGGCUGAUAUUUCGAGCGGUUUCAGUUAAACGUUAUAUGAAGACUUGACGGAAAGUUCACUUGCAACCCAAGUGAGAAAACUAGUUGUAGCUGGUGUAUGCUAGGGGGCUCUUAAAAUUAAACCUGUCGGAGCUAGUGCUUAACUUACUUGAUUUAAGCCUUUACCCCACGAACUAGCUAGAGGAGUUUUGUAAACUAUGUCCGACGUUCAAAUCUUUUAACUUAAAAGAAAAUGCGAUAGAAUAGGGACAACGGGAAAUAAGUCCCGUUCCCGUUAUCUGACGGCUUUAAAAUUGGAUCGAACACUUUGGCGUGUGGCCUGCUGGUCAGGCUUUAGCCGCGUUAGAUUUGGGGUUCACGCCGCUGUAGAGAGCGCUCAAUCCGGCUGCCUGUAAAAAUCAUACUCCGGUUUGUUGACGAACCAUGGAAAGAAUGGAAGUAGACCAGUGCGCAGGCGCAGCUGGUGGGAGCGGGGGCGGGGCUCUUCGAAGGUCGAAUAGCGCCCCUAUGAUCACAAAUGUCAGUGAUGCAAUGACAGUAUUCAACUCUAACAGUUCAGCUCGGUAUCGUCGGAGCAGUGUGUCCAUCAAUCCUAGCUGUCCCUCCAGGACCCUCCCUCCUUCUCCAUUCUCCUUGUCCAGUGAGAGGCCGGAUCACAGGAGGCAGAUGGACAAUAUGGAACUGACUCUCAGAGGGAGUUUACAGAGACUAAGUGCCUCAACUACAGUCCCCUUACCUCCUGCCGGUCACUGGCAUGAGCAUCUUUCACCAGGAUUCUAUUCCCAAGACUCUGGUGUCACUCCUAAUUCUUCCCCCAGUCCAACUAGAAGGUUUCGGGGAGGGUCGGUGAGUUCUGCUGUGAGAUGGCCGGUGGUAGCACCUUUGAAAAGGAAAGGGGGAGUGGAGUCCGACGGCCCUCCUAAAAAACUCUUUGUGGCUGGAGUUACAGAUCCAGCCCACAUAACUAGCUGUACUGUCAGUGUUCCCCAGUGUGUGGACUCCGUACCUGUUUGUUCAAGCCCUCAGAACAGCCCACUCUCACUCUCGCCUCCUCCAUCCUUCACGUCCCACCACCCCAGUAUCUAGAACACCACCACAGUGCUUACCCACUCACUCACAUGACAUGGAUUCCCAGACUAUUGUAGACUACAUGAGUCCUGGGCUGAGGUCAAUGAGACUGGCAGAGUAGGAAGGACCUGGUCUUGUCCUUGAGCUUCCAGAACUCUUGUUUGGUAGUCCUGUCUUGACAUCACUGCAUUGUUUUGGUGCUUUGAUAGGAGUGUGUUCAUGUCCACAAAUUUUAAAAGAAAACGUACCCGAGCAAACUUUGAAUUUUGAAGAAAGCCAGAUGAGAUGAAGGUGGAAGUGUCAGGGAAAGUGUCAGUGCGGACCAGUGUUAUUUGACUUGUUUGCUUGGAUGCAGCAGGACGGGUGCCCGGGGCCCUUGUGCUGUAUCUCCUUGCAUUUGUGGCAUAACUUCAAUAUUUACACAGUUGAGUUGACAUGAGCAGUGUGAGUAGAAACUGGUUAUCCUUGAUCCAUAAGGGAUUUCUUAAUUAGUUUUUGCAUCUUAUUAGCAUGCAAGUACAAGUAGACAAGUACUACCUUCCCUUCCCUUUGCUUUAUUUUAAUGUGGUGGCAGAACAUUGUUUCUUUAUGCCUGUAACCAUUGAUGUGGUCCAAAGAGGUCUUCCAAAAUGUAGACUUGCUGAAUACGUAAAGUGUCUGAUCGCUAGAAAUAUGCUGAGAUUUGUGAGUAGUUCAGGCCUCAUUUGUGUUCAUACAGGCUAAAUGUAUUAUGUUUUUAUGCUUUGCUUGUAAAUGUCCUUGAAGUGCUUAUAUGAUCAUUAAAAAAAAAAAACCAGACAAACAAACAUAAGGACCUGGUAGUGCACUGGCACUGAGUGGAAUGAUGGGUCACCAGCCUGCUCUUAAACCUGGGUCACAUCAUUCUUCCAAGGACAUUACAGGGGUCCUGUAGUGAUGGAAGAAUCACUAGGAAUGGACAUGUGACAAGAGGACUUAGAGAGCCAAAUGCAUUUACCAGCAUGAAUGCAAAAAAUAAAUAUAUAAAAACCAAGUAUUUGAGAUUAUAUAUGCUAGGCAUCUUAUUUCAGGCAGAGUUUAAUUGGUGGAUAUAAUUUUAUUUUUAUUUUUGCACAGUAUUGGACUUUAUCAAAGUUAAUCAAUAUUACUGUUUCAUAAGUGGGAUCAUAUGAACCUAGUUUGGUAUGUUUUCUGAAUGUGUUAAGGGAGAAUAAAUUACAAGAUAAUGAUGUGCAUUAACUGUAGUUUUCACAUCAUGCAGACAUAUGCUUUAGUGGUUACAGAGAACUGGCUGAGCAAGAACAGGGCUGUUGUGGAUCUGAUCUGAAAAGUAUACAGUGCCCAUAGCACUUCAUUCAUCUGAAUUUUAGUUUAAAAGAUGAAACCAUUGUUAUGAAUUCGAGUAGCCUGACAGUGGCUAAAUUGUAAUGUUGUUUUUCUGAUUUGAGUGUGUGAACUCUGCUAAAAUCCUAUUAUCCUAUAUUUCACUGGCAAAGAAGAAACUUUUUUUCAGAUAUUUUAUAUAUUGCUUUUUCUGUUUUGCUUUUUUUUUACAAGCUUUAUUGCUGGUACAAUGAAACACCUUGUUAAGUAAUUCCAAAGAUACUUGCACAUGUUGUCAGUCUCCAGUUGUCAGAUAUGUUUUGUGUGAUUAUCAAAGAAUAAUACCAGUGGUUAUCUACGUUGGUCCUCCAAAAUGAAUGUGCAAUAUAGAUUAACUAAAAACACAAACUAGGAUAGAUUGUCAUUUUCUUCAUUGUGGGUUGUACGCCUUACCUGUCUUUUUCUUAUUUGAACCAAUAUAUUGAUUAGUUGAAUUGAUAUUUAUUGAAAAGGCCAUUUUAACUAAAGGCCAUAAAAUGGUUAAGCUUGUUCGAAAACUGUCCCAUCGCGAUCUUAAGUUUGGGGGUGAAGUAAAGGCAUCCUCUAGAAAAUCCAAAAUAUUGUACUUACUUGGCUUGGAUUAAUUUUGGUUUUGUAUAGUUUUGCCUUUUAUUACUCUUGAUUAGAUGGGGAAGUUUGCUCGAAGAGUCACCAUUGGUGGUUGCAUAAAACAAAAAAAGAAACGUUAAACCGGUGUAUGAUUGUUGCAAAGUUUUCUGCAAUGUCUGCUGGGACACCCAGAGGAAGGAUAAUGGUUGUAAGCACAUAGAACACUCUAUAAAAUGACAGUCAAUGGCUCUUGCCUCUUGUGUUUGAGAUGUAAAUAUGUUCUAGUUGCCAAAAGAAAAAAAAAAUUAUUUUAUGUAUUUUUUAUGAAACUGUAAUAUAAAACAGGUAACGAAGGUAUAUUCAUUCCCUGAGUAUUACAUCUGGUAGUCUCAUUUCCAGUGGAUAAGAAGUGCAGAACAAUUUUAAUAUGUAUAUUGUAUAUAAAGAUGUGACAAUAAAAUAAAGCUGCAAUU